AUGCUCUAUCUCGCUCUAACGAUCGUAGCUUGUCUGCUCUAUCCUACCCUCGCUAAGGAUAGCACUAGCACGGGAAAAGGAGCUAGAUGGACUCCAGGCAAAGAUGAUGCCUUGUGCUAUUGCGUUAACAGCCCGCCCGACGUCUCCCAACCGGCCGUAAAUGAUAACCAGGCGACUACAAAGGUCUGCCUAUCUUACCCGCACGCGCACUCCUUCACGUCUUUACGACAUAAGGACGUUCUGUGUAUGGGCAACGAAGAUUUUGCCGACUCUGGCCCCGCGUCUAAGGAAUUUGCUGAUAAGUGUAUCGACGUUGGAUCAGUUGGGGCUGUCUGUUGCCCGCAGAAGACACAAGGCUUGCCUGAUGAUGGGACGGAGUGUUUUGUUGCGUUCCCGUCGUGA